CUGUCAAGAUCAGAGGUUUCAGCUUCUUUGGGAAGCACUGUACCAUCUACACAGCUGCGGGCAGGGGGUCUCACUCCUCCCCCCCCCCCCCGGGGAGUUUCCACUCUACAGGCGGAAGCUGAGGGAUCCUUUAUCCAUCAAGGAGGUAUCAGAUGUGGGGGUCAUGGCCCCAUCACUGAACCUAUUUUAUCUGUUCUGUGUCACCAACCUCUCUGCACCAACUCUGUUAGUAUCUAGAUUGUGGCACCAAACUUCUGCCUGUAGCUGCUGCACCAUCAGUCACCCACUCUGCACGCUUGUACCGCUCCCUGCCUGUACUACCUUACAUAUAUAUCUAGAAAAGGAUGGUACAACAGGCUGCAAUACUCUUUCCACACUAUACAUCCUAGACAGCUGCCUUUAUUUUUGGGAAUCUUUUUUUCUGCAUUCUAAGACCCAAAAAUGUCCCGAGAUGGAAAAUACAGCAGCUCUGAACAGGCGCCUUUCAUGGAAGAAUGGAAAGCACGAAGGGAGAGAAUGAGACUACGCUCUUCUUCCUCCAGCCUUGUGGGGAGUGUGUCCAUAGAUGCCAGUUACCCCCAUCAUGUCAGGGAGCAACAGGCAGAGCCUCAGAACUUGCAUGUUACCAAGGAGAAGGGCACAGAAGCAGAAGGAAGAAGGCCUGUAGAAAACACAGCUCGUACUUACGUGACUGUAGAAAAUUCCAUACAUGAUUCCACUGUCUCUAAAAACAAAGAGAAGAAAGGAAGUGGGGAAAAGAAACACCGUACCCAAAUUGAGAAGAGGAAAUUGAGAGAAAAGAGGAGGCCUACAGGAGUAGCCUAUUUAACUCAAUUAGAAGAUGCUGACGAGAGCCCGGAUCAUGUAGGAGUGCAGGAUGGACAAAAGGCAGAAGUCCCUAAUCAGGAGCUGAAGAAGUCCCAAGGAGUUAACCAAAACAGGGCACAUUCAUGUCCGGAGUCUCCUUAUCAAGACGGCAGGCAGAAGACAGGACAGGCCUUGGCAGAGGAGCUACAGAAGGAAGUGGCGGGGAAGCAGCAGGACAAUCACAACCUCACCGUGCAACUAAAAGACAAAGAGGCAACACUGACCCUUCUGCAGAUGGAGAUGAAGACUGUGACUCGAAAAAUGAAAAAAGCUGAGGAUGAGAAUAAGAGGUUAAAAGAAGAAAACCAAAUGCUGCUGAAAGUGAUGACCAAGCUGAGCUAAAGAAAACAGCACUUUUCCAUUUCUGGAACAAAAUGACACUGCUGCCACCAUGAUGCACCAAGACACACAACCGAAUGGAAUCGGCAAAGAGGAUAUAAAGGUUCUUGAUCUGAGAGAUGCGGAACAUCAUGGGGUUCUAUUGUUGUGCCCAGUCACAAGAAUAAAAUAGAGGCACUGAUUUGUAGUCAUAAAACACACACAGGCAUAUAUAUAUGUAUAUUUUAGUUAUGAGCAGUGAGUUUGGAAGUAUGGGAGAAAGAGGGAAGGUAGAAAACACAUUACUGUCCACUGUUUACUGAGGAGCUUGACAAAUUCAACUAUUCAACUUGUAUUUCCAGUAAGAGACUAUAGAUGGCGCUCUAAUAUAAAGAAGGGAAAAAUAGAAAUUAGAAUUAUGUGUACACAAUCAUCUGUUUCAUUCAUUCGUUAAUAAAAUAUUAUGAACCACUCUGCAGAAAUGAAAAACUACAGCGGAAUGUAAAUGACAGCCAUACAGACAAUCUAAAACCACGACACUUAAAUUGGUGGUGGCUGAGGUUAUGGAUAUUGGCCAUGGGGCCCUCACUCCUUAGGUCAUAUUAAUUAAUCUGACAUGAUGAUCCAUGAUGCACAUUAAACAUGAAGGGUGCAGCUGAAUUUGUGGGUGCUUUUGCUUUCUUGCUAUCCUUGUAACUACAAAGCAGCUUGGCUUCUCUCAUUUAGUGGUCACAUUUGCUCUUUGUGGCAGAGAUUUGUAGAUUGUGCAAAUAAUAUGCUUUAUAAUUAAAAACAAAAGAGAUACACAAGUCUGUAGGUCCCCCACAUGUUUAUAUACUGCAGCUGUUUUGGUGCUUUGCAACACAUAAUAUUAAUGCAUUUUGGGUUUCAUCACUGUUGCUAUAUUUCACUUAAUGUGUUUUUCUUAUGUUGGUAAGUGCCAUAAAGCAGAGAUCUCUGUGCCACAUAUCUGUCUGAUUUCCUUAAUACCAGUAGCUAUUAUGUAUAUAAAGGCCCCCCUAAAUAAAGCUAGAGCUUUGUUGUGUU